UUUUUUUUUUUUUUCGUUACGUGUGUUCCCAUGACUACGUAAUGUGUUCUCGCGGUGCAUUGCUGCUUCUUUGUUGCCUGUUGCUGACACUGGCCGGCCACCGUUGCGAAGAAAAUUUUAGAGCCGUCACGGAGGAGAACGCACUAGCAAAAUUGGUCAAAAUGUUCUCCAAACCUGGAGCGUUCAAACGAAUUAAUGCGAUAUUCGGUGAAAAUUCGAUCGAGGAAUCGUCUUGCCCAAAAGGCGAGGAGGGCCUCGAGUGCAGGAGAGCCGAGGCCAGACGUUCCGUUGACUGUCCUGAAGGCGACUGUUACUGCUACAAUUGCGCCGCGGCUGGUCCUGAAUUAUGGUCGUCCUGCUGCCGUGAAAGCUUGCGAUGCUGUUCACAUCUCGCGGCCGCCUGUCGAACUUGCGACCAUCCAACGUUGUAUCAGUUUUGCUCGAAGCACUUUAAAAAAUGUCUGGUCGAGCUCAACGAGAAGAAGCAAAAUUAACAUCCGUUUCUCUAUAACGAUCUUGAUAAAUCCUCGUUUCUUGCGUCGCGUUGCGUAUGGAAAAUACUUUCGCGGAACGACUCUACGUAAAUGACAACUGUCCAAGCUUCGAACGAAAAAUAAUAAAGAGAAUAUCAUGACAAACGAGAUGACACACAACACGUAAUACGCAUAUUCAUGGAACGAGAAAACAAAAAAAAAAAAA